AUGUAUGGAAAUUCUUUUAAUAAUGCUGGUACACCAAGUCAACAACAAUACCACCAAUACCAACACCAACUUGCAAUCACCACAAAAUUUACAGACUUUCGUUUAAAGUCUUCGACAAUAUCCAAAAAGCCUAAGGUGAACCUGAUACGAUUUUCAAAACCAGUAGACUUGAAUAAACUUUACCCCCCCCCAACAAAAUUAUGUCAUUGGGAUCUUAAUGUACUACAUUCGCCGCAAGCUACAGCAGCUUUGCCGACAAUAAUAAUGCAAGUUCGAGCAGCGGUGGUGCUGCUAGUAAUAAAAGUCAAGGGAAGAGUAGUUCAGCCACUAGAGCCGAUAUAUCUAAAAUCGCUCCUUAUGGAGGUACUAAGCGAAAUAAGCAAAUAUUGUUCAAGAAACGCACUAAGCAGAUCUUUUUGGAGCCAAAGGAGAGCAGGAGGAAGACAAGCUAUGAAUUUUGAGCUUGGAUAG